AUGUUCGUCUACGCCAUCAGCCAAAAUAUCAGAAGCUUUUUCAAGCCGGAAGCCAAGCAAACAAUGAGCAACCGAGCUGUGGCCGUUCUACGUGGAGAUGCUGGUGUUGAGGGAACCGUCUAUCUUAGACAGGAUAAGGAAAGCGACCCGACGGUAAUCAAGGGCGAGAUUCGUGGACUGACCCCCGGCAAACACGGCUUCCACGUGCAUCAGUAUGGCGACUCCACAAAUGGAUGCAUCUCCGCUGGACCCCAUUUCAACCCUUUCAACAAGACCCACGGAGGCCCCAAUGACGAAAACCGUCACGUCGGCGAUCUGGGCAACGUUGAGGCCGACUCGAAUGGAGUCGCCAAGUUCGAGAUCAAGGACUCUCUCAUCAAGAUCCAUGGCGAGAACACUGUCGUUGGCCGCUCGCUCGUCGUCCACGCCGGCACCGAUGAUCUUGGCAAGGGCGAAGGCGAGAAGAAGGAAGAGAGCUUGAAGACCGGGAACGCCGGCGCUCGUGCCGCUUGUGGAGUGAUCGCGCUGGCCGCCCCGGAACAA